CGUAUUUUGAUUUUGAACGGAGAAUGAUAUAGCCUAAGCCUACCUUGAAAAAAAUGACCAUAAAUAACUUCAUCCAGACAGAUGAGCCGGAAGAGCAGCGCGGUACUCGUGAGGACCUCCGACUACAGCGCCUCUCUUCGCAAGAACAACCCGGAACAAACGUGCUACUAGUAGAUGAUGAAGAGCAAAGCUUUUUCGAGACCGAAAUCUCGCACCAGAUCCGUUUGACGGCAAAAGAGGUGGUUCGAGAGCUCGGGCGUUUGGUGAUCGAAGAGAUCAUUGCUGACAGACUGCUGAAUGACGUUGUCACAGACACGCUGGAGGGGUUGGAGAAGGAAAACACAGAACUUUGGAACGAUUUGAUUCUGCAGGCACGGGAACAACGGGAACGGGAGGUGGAAGAGAAAAGACAGCUCUACUACGCUAGCUCUCUUCCUCUUCACACAGGAGUCUCUGGACCGUCAGAAGGUCUUGCUGACCGAAGCCUCGUCGGGCGGGGCCGUUCGACGCCUUCUCGGAUAGGAGUACAAGGGCAGAACAACACCACAACUACAGAGGAGACAAGAUUUCAAGAAGUUCGUGAACAUGACGUUGCUCCUGCUGCGGAAGACGGAGCCGCACGAAAUAUCGUGCAUGCUGCGCCACUGGUGCCAGCCGCCGGAACGACGGCGAGUUCGCCGGCAGCGCGAGAUGAACAGUCUUUUUCACCCCGACGAGCGAAAAUUGCGGAAAACGAAGCCUCGACGUCAGAAACGAUUACCACGGAGUACCGGUACGUAAGACCGGUAACCUCGUCGGCAUCGGCCACAACAAGAACAACUUCUAAGGCAGAGCAAGCCGUUGGCGCGGGAGGCUUCGCAGGACUCCGACUUUCCCAUGCAAAACCGCAUGAGGGUGCCUUGGGCCCGGCACCAGCACCAGCACCAGGAGCUUCCCCACAUCAGCGGCAAGUUCCUCACGCCGCUUGGUCGCCGCCGUCGGUGAAUGAUGUUGGGUCGCCAUGGGAGGACAAGGAGGGUCCUCGUGCGGGUUACAAUGUCAGUCUACUACGUCAAGAAGGAGGGACAGCCUCUGCAAGAAGAAAUCAACCGCCGAAUAAUGUUGUCGGUCCUUUAUCUAACAGCGUCAAUCUUCAUCACAGCCCGGCCGCUGGCGGGUCGUCUCCUGUGCUUUCGAUUGCAUCUCGCAGCCCUCGCAGCCAGAUGAACCAACCCUUUCAACAAGAAGGCGAAGUUCGGGUAGCGGAUAACGAGAAUGCCGAGAACCUUGUGCUGGAUGAGGAGCAAAAAGCAUACCAAGCUCAAGUUUUCAACGACUGUCUGUGUGAAGCGAUGUUGCAGGUCCUGUUCCCUUCAGGUGGGGAUGAUGCGCAAAAUUCAUCUUCUGGAAAAACGCGAACGGGAGCCACAGCUGGUACAUCGGGUUCUGGUCUGAUGUCUCCCGUGGGGACGAAUAAAAGCAAAAGCAACAAGGCAAAAGGGAAUAAAACUGCACAUUCUUCACCAUCUGCAUCUUCCCCUGUUCUUUCGCCAUCCGGAAACAAUAAAUCGGAUUCGCUCAUCGUGCGAAACAACACCAUCACGACGCAAGGUCAGUACCAGGAACAAGUCGCGGCCUCCAUGCAGGCCUCUUUCACAGCUAGUAUCGCGCGCAACCCCCAUAUUCGGACGUCGAAGAGGACCGGUGGUAGACGGCCGCUGCGACACCGCUCCGCGAACAAAACUAGAUUUUCCGUAGUUGUUCCACAAGCUAAAGCUUCAUCUACUUCUACACCAGCUGGUUCCGCAGGGCAAGUGCAUCGUCCUAGUACAACACCACGAGGAACGAGCAGAAGUACUGGCACAAGCGCCGCUAGUAUGAAAGAAAAAAACUGUGUAUGUGUAAGUGUAACUUUGUGUUGCAGACGAGGAUGCAAGACGCCUACACUUGUCAUGCUGGACAUGCGUCAGAGGUUCUUCUCGUACAGUGUUUUCACAUACUAGCGUACGCAUGUGAGGUUUUCUCUGUCAUGCAGAGCAAAUCUGUGAUUUUGUUGUUCCUCAAAGAAAGUUACUUUACACUUACACACUUUUUUUCUUGGAUAGCUAGUGCAACGAGUUGUGGAGGAGCAGCAGCAAAGACCACGACCCGCCACAGUACUUCUUCUACUCAACAAGUCGGUGCUGCUGCGUCGGAGGCAGCUGCAGCUUAUCAAAUGUAAAAAUGUCUGGGUCAGGAAAGAUGCAACUUGUGAUGCGCAUUUCCCAUCACACAAAAAUCUGUCAUGCAUGUAAGCCAAAAGGUGCACAUUUCCGACCACCGAAAGAAGGGCUUUGUCAUGCGGAUGACGCAUUAGGAGACCUUCUCAAAACCUGUCAUGCUAGGGCGUGCAUGGUAGACCGUCUGGGUCAUGCCAAAGCUGCAUCACAAACCUCUGCAUUUUUCCAGACCCAGACAUUUUUACAUUUGAUACAGCUGCACUGAAAACAACACACAGGAGGACUUCUACACCACAGAGUGAGAGGGACGCAAUGGAAACUGCGUAUGCGGAAAUGAAAGCUGGUUGUUCUUCAACAUUUUCGGGAAAUAAAAAUGUUGACCGCGAGGCGGUGUUAGACCAGCAGGAUGAAAUAAAUGAACUUGAAGAGCAAGCGAAAGCCGCUUCUGUGAUUCAAAAGCAGUAUAAGAACCGCAGGAAGUAUCAACUGUAAAAAUGUCUGGGUCUGGAAGAAUUCAUGUUUGUCAUGCUUGUCUGGCAUGACUCUUAAAUCUGUCAUGCACGUUACCCAAGAGCUCCGCUUUUCUGUGAUGCAGAAACGCGGUUUGUCAUGCAGAAUAGGCAACACCUAGAAGCUCAGAAACUUGUCAUGCUGAGCCAGCAUGUGUGGCCUCAUCAUGAGACGCCACCCAGCAUCACAAGUUUCCAGACCCAGACACUUUUACAUUUGAUAGGAAGAAGGAAGUCACAGAUUUGAGUAUCGACUUGCUGGAACUGAUUUCCGCAAAUUCUGAUCGAAAGAGAUGACGAAAAGUGGAGAACAUCAUAAGAACUAUUAAGAUCCACACUUCGAAUGCACGUCGGACGAGAGUACGUACUAUGAUCACUGCAACGUACCUAAUAGUACUUUUCUUCUAAACAAGUUUUCCGUGUUGGGUUGGAGUUCGUAUCUUCGUCCCGAUGAAGUGAUGACUUUUUCCAGGAAUUGUACGCGGUUGUGCCGUCACAUGUUGAUACGGUCAGCAGGCACUCGAUCCAGAAUUUAUUUUUCGUCGUUUCCGUUUCAUCAUCAUCGUAUGUUUCUGUUUCGUUUUUUCUUCAACUGGCGAGAUCUUUCUGUUCAUACUUCUACCUGAGGACUUUUCUGAAGUAGAUCCGAGGGCACAUACUUACAGCGCGUCUACCUGUA